AGUACUCUCCAGUCCGUUGGACAGUGAGCUUCCGUUUAAUCAUCGUAACAUUUUUCUGCCUAUAAAAAAUGUCAUAGUUUACCAGAAUUUUAAUCACCAAUUAAUCAUUCUCAAAGGAUAAACGGUAAAGCGUCAAUUACGACGUGGUUAUUCUAAUCGGGAUUAAUUUUCUCCCCGCAGCCUCUAGAAUUUCCAAAUUUAGCCGAAUUGUAAAUUACGCGUCGUGACAUAUAUAGCUGCAAUUAAAUCUAUCCGAUCAUCGGUUUGAUACUCCAUCGUAGUCAAGCAAUUACUGCUCUACUCAAUCCACACCGGUUACCAUCGAUAAGUGGUAGCGACAUCGUCAGGAUGAGCUUGCGAUGGAUACAGGAGAACCAGGAAGCUCCGAUCGUCGACGAGGAGUCGAGCGACAUCGAAGACAGCAGCGGCGACAACACCGACGAUCAAAUUGACCACCUGAGCGUCGAAGAGGACGACGUCGAGGCCGAAGGCGAAGUCGCCGAGCAUCGACGACAAAAACGGGAAACCUUUCGGCAUCCAACCACGACGGUUUCGCUGAGAGACAUCAGAAGAAAAGCCAUGGAACAGGGCUACGAUCCGAAUAUUCCCAUGGGAAACCCCACCUACGGUCCCGUGAUGCAGCUGCAUUCUAUGACCGGAUAUCGCCUGGCUAUUCUACCCUGUGGAAAAGUCCGAGGACUCGAAUGCGAGUGCAGUCCUUACGCGAUACUCAAAGUGACCGUUUUAUCGUUCGAUCUUGUCGUCCAAAUCGAGGGACUGGAAACCGGAUUGUUUUUGGCGAUGAAUGCGAGGGGUCGAUUGUACGGAGAGAGAAACAAGGAUAAGGACAACACGACUUGGCAGCAUCUUACGGUCCGUUCCUACGAUUCGUAUCGCUCUGUAAAAUAUGCAGACCGCGAAUGGUACGCCGGAAUAAAAUCAAACGGACGUCCAAAGAACGGAAGAAAGACAGCGAUCAAUCAAAAGGCGACCAAAUUUUUACCAAUCCGAUGAACAGAUCAGCCACGGAAGAAAAAUUCAACUGUAUUAUUAUUAUUAUUACCAUCAUCAUCAUCAUCAUUGUUAUUGAUUUUAGUUUUAUAGAUUAUAUAUUAUACACCGGACUAGAUGCGUAAAACGUAUUAUAAUAUAUGCAUAGAUGAUAAAUAUCCUUCAAAUGUUCAUGUUCACGGAUAUUGAACGUAACGUAGAUGUAUUUUU